ACACACAUCAGCUACACAGAGCUAUCGACGGCGGAGGAGGAGGAGUAGGAACAGCAACAACAACGCAAAACGAAACGCAUUCCCGCAACAAGCCAACAAAACUCGAAAGUCAUGUAAGAAGGUCUGCCAGCUACGAGCGGUUGGCGUUGAAUCAGCUAGUCGAACUAUCGCGUUUGCUUUCGCCCACCACCAGCCAAGUCAAGUCGUUCGUGUGUCUAAUCUGUAAUAUACUCAAAUUUGUUUAGUGCGCCAAGUCGUCGUCGUGUGAGUUCGACACAAAGAAAGUUGGUGUGCGGUUUCCUCGCAAAUUGGCUUACAGAGUAGGAACGAACGGCUCAGCUGGACAACCUCUUCAAGGUUUCACCACAAGUACCUUGUACACUGUAUUGCUAUCCAAUAUAUCACGUCGUCUCAGGGUGGUGUCGUUCCCCUUUGUUGUGAGUCAGAAUCUCGGCCGCGAGCGGCGGUUCUUGGUGUUGGUCUACGACGACCACGUCCCGAGGGCGAUAAGGAGCGAAGAUGUCACUUCGGGCCAUACAGAAGCGGGACAGGAACAAAUUAUCGUCGGCCCAGCAGAAGCAACAGCAGCAGCACCAGCAGCAACUAUUUAUCAACAAAAGUCGCAGCAGCAGCUUCGGGACGACACCCGUUGGCACGAUCGGCAUCAGUAGUGUUGGUGGUGGACAGCUGCAUCGACAGUCGUCUAGCAGCAACAGCAAAAAUGAAAAGUGGAGAAAUUCAGCCAGCCAGGCCAGCCUAUCAUCUUCGACGUCGAUUCCUUCUUCCUCAGUGCAGCCGUCGCUGACUCACGCGAAACGCUCUGUUUCCUAUCCAAGCUUGCAGAAACGCAGCACCAGCAACGCCACAUCGCUACGGUUCACCAAGUCCGAAAGUGAUCUCCACGGGCAAUCCGGGCGGACCGCGGCCGUCGCCUCCAACAACCAGCCGGACCUCGGCAGCAGCGCCAACAACCUGUACCUGGGGGCCAAAUCCGAGGUGUGUCUCAAGACGCUGGCCGUGAAGAGUACCCACCAGCCGCCCGCACCGUUCCGGCGUCAAUCCAGCAGCAGCGGCCAACGCGGCGGCGGCAACCGGAUGUACGAAAGCAAUCGCAGAACGUCGGACCUGGGCGGCGCCGAUAAGCUGGCCGGGAUCGGCAUCAACAACAAUGGCGUGGCCGUCCGCAUCCCGAUCAUCGGGUACGAGGUCAUGGAGGAGAGAGCGCGGUUUACGAUCUUCAAGCUUCGCAUCGAAAACGCCAUCUCGCACACCUGCUGGCUGGUGCUCCGCCGCUACACCGACUUUGUGCGGCUCCAGAACCGCCUCCGGGUUCAGUUCCCGCACUGCAUGCUGGUGCUGCCGCGCAAAAAGUGGUUCGGCGACAACUUCAGCAGCGGUUUCAUCGACAACCGGAUACAGGGCCUGCAGACGUUCAUCAACACCAUCCUGGAGGACGACGCCAUGCGGACCACCCCGGCCGUGCGGGAGUUUUUCUGCCUGGACGAACCGCCGGCGUACUCCGAGAGCAUGGAGGAAUCUAGGAUAAUAUUCGAAGCUCAGGAAGAAACCAUUUCCCAUCUGAAGCAACAGCUCCAAACCAAAGACGAGCUCGUUGCGGCCCUCCAAGCCAAGCUGGCCAGCGAGAUCAACCGAAACAAGGUGUUAACCAGCGUGAUAAGAAACAGCUUCGAUAACUGCUCCAAGUGCGCGAAACAACUGGACAAUCAUUUGAAAGAUGCCGCUUACAAAUAAGAUUGUGCCCUAUUGCCUCAGAUGGCAGCGCAGAAAUGGACGACAAGAUCUGCACGUGCGUGGCAUGAAACAUUAGAUUUGAUAUUCAGGAUGUAAUGGAAUAUUAAGUUAUUAACACUUUCGUUGCGAAACUCGAAAAUGCCUUAACACAGUUGCCUUAACCAACCUGUAUAAUGAUACUUUCUAUAAGAAAUUGACUUUAUUUGUUAGAUUUACUGUCCGUUUGUGUAUGAAUAGGAAGAAAUAAUUAUAUGUUAUAAAGAUUUAAUUACCGUUCGUUCUCAGAUGAAUAGAAUAUAAUAUACACUAUUGUUAACACUGACA